CUCUUGGAUUAUGUUUCGACAACAAUUUUCUUCUCUGACAGAAAUGUCGACAGCAAUUUGAUUGCCUGGAAUCGUGUCGUGUUACUUCACGGGCCGCCUGGCACAGGGAAGACGUCUCUGUGUAAAGGACUUGCCCAGAAACUCUCCAUCAGACUGUCUGGCAGGUAUGCACACAGCCAGUUCGUGGAGAUCAACAGCCACAGCCUCUUCUCCAAGUGGUUCUCAGAGAGCGGGAAACUGGUCACAAAGAUGUUUCAGAAGAUCCAGGAGCUCAUCGAUGAUAAAGAUGCCCUGGUGUUUGUCCUGAUAGAUGAG